UGUCCUCCUCCCCAUUUUGUCCCCCUGCAGAGAUGCUGUCCCCUCCUCCGUAGGCCUGAGGGAUCAGGAGCGAUGGGGACAGCGGCCUUCUCAUCGCUAUUGCUGAUGCUGCUCCUGGCAACUGGAGAGGCUGACAUGAAGGGACAUUUUGACCCUGCCAAGUGCCGCUAUGCCCUGGGCAUGCAGGACCGUACUAUUCCCGACAGUGACAUCUCUGUGUCCAGCUCCUGGUCAGACUCUACCGCCGCCCGCCACAGCAGGCUGGAGAGCAGUGAUGGAGAUGGGGCAUGGUGCCCUGCAGGGCCCGUGUUCCCCAAAGAGGAGGAGUACCUGCAGGUGGACCUCCGGAGGCUGCACCUGGUGGCUCUGGUGGGCACCCAAGGCCGCCAUGCUGGGGGCCUGGGCAAAGAGUUCUCUCGAAGCUAUCGUCUGCGUUAUUCCCGAGACGGCCGCCGCUGGAUGGACUGGAAGGACCGCUGGGGUCAGGAGGUGAUUUCGGGUAAUGAGGACCCAGGGGGAGUGGUGCUGAAGGACCUGGGGCCUCCCAUGGUGGCUCGGCUGGUUCGUUUCUAUCCCCGGGCUGACCGGGUCAUGAGUGUCUGUCUGCGGGUGGAACUCUAUGGCUGCCUCUGGAGGGAUGGACUCCUGUCUUACACAGCCCCUGUGGGGCAGACCAUGUACUUAUCUGAGGCCGUGCACCUUAACGACUCUACCUAUGAUGGAUAUACUGCUGGCGGGCUGCAAUAUGGUGGGCUGGGCCAGCUGGCGGAUGGCGUGGUGGGGCUGGAUGACUUCAGGCAGAGCCAGGAGCUGCGGGUCUGGCCAGGCUAUGACUAUGUAGGUUGGAGCAACCACAGCUUCCCCAGUGGCUAUGUGGAGAUGGAGUUUGAGUUUGACCAGCUGAGGGCCUUCCAGGCCAUGCAGGUCCACUGUAACAAUAUGCACACGCUAGGAGCCCGCCUGCCGGGCGGGGUGGAAUGCCGAUUUAAGAGGGGUCCUGCCAUGGCCUGGGAGGGGGAGCCUGCGCGGCAUGCCCUGGGAGGCAGCCUGGGAGACCCCAGAGCCAGGGCCAUCUCGGUGCCCCUGGGUGGCCGUGUGGGCCGCUUCCUCCAGUGCCGCUUCCUCUUCGCGGGGCCCUGGUUACUCUUCAGCGAGAUCUCCUUUAUCUCUGAUGUGGUCAAUGACUCCUCUCUGUCUCCUGGGGGCACCCUCCCUCCAGCCCCCUGGUGGCCACCUGGACCACCUCCCACCAACUUCAGCAGUUUGGAGCUGGAGCCCCGGGGCCAGCAGCCUGUGGCCAAGGCGGAGGGGAGCCCGACUGCCAUCCUCAUUGGCUGCCUGGUGGCCAUCAUUUUACUGCUGCUGCUGAUCAUUGCGUUAAUGCUCUGGAGGCUGCACUGGCGCAGGCUGCUCAGCAAGGCCGAACGCCGGGUGCUGGAGGAGGAGCUGACGGUUCACCUUUCUGUCCCUGCGGACACCAUCCUCAUCAACAACCGCCCAGGGCCCCGAGAGCCGCCCCCUUACCAGGAGCCCCGGCCUCGGGGGAAUCCACCCCACUCUGCGCCCUGUGUCCCCAACGGCUCUGCGUUGCUGCUCUCCAAUCCGGCCUACCGCCUCCUUCUGGCCACUUACGCCCGCCCCCCUCGAGGCCCGGGCCCCCCCACACCCGCCUGGGCCAAACCCACCAACACCCAGGCCUGCAGUGGGGACUAUAUGGAGCCAGAGAAGCCGUGUGCCCCCCUUCUGCCUCCGCCUCCCCAGAACAGCGUCCCCCAUUAUGCCGAGGCUGAUAUUGUCACCCUGCAGGGCGUCACCGGGGGCAACACCUAUGCUGUGCCGGCGCUGCCCCCAGGGGUGGUUGGGGAUGGGCCCCCCAGAGUGGAUUUCCCUCGGUCACGGCUUCGCUUCAAGGAGAAGCUCGGCGAGGGCCAGUUUGGGGAGGUGCAUCUGUGUGAAGUGGAGGAUCCUCAGGAUCUCAUCAGUUUUGACUUCCCCGUCAGUGUGCGCAAGGGACACCCCUUACUGGUGGCGGUCAAGAUCCUACGGCCAGAUGCCACCAAGAAUGCCAGGAAUGAUUUCCUGAAGGAGGUAAAGAUCAUGUCUCGACUGAAGGACCCAAACAUCAUCCGGCUACUGGGUGUGUGUGUGCAGGAUGACCCCCUCUGCAUGAUCACCGACUACAUGGAGAAUGGUGACCUGAACCAGUUCCUGAGUGCCCACCAGCUGGAGGACAAGGCGGCCGAGGGUGUCCCUGGGGACAUGGAGGCUGCCCAGGGGCCCACUAUCAGCUACCCUAUGCUGUUGCAUGUGGGGGCCCAGAUCGCCUCGGGCAUGCGGUAUCUGGCCACACUUAACUUUGUGCAUCGAGACCUGGCCACCCGGAACUGCUUGGUUGGGGAAAAUUUCACCAUCAAGAUCGCUGACUUUGGCAUGAGCCGGAACCUCUACGCCGGGGAUUAUUACCGGGUGCAGGGUCGGGCUGUGCUGCCCAUCCGGUGGAUGGCCUGGGAGUGCAUCCUCAUGGGGAAGUUCACGACAGCGAGUGACGUGUGGGCCUUUGGGGUGACCCUGUGGGAGGUGCUGAUGCUCUGCAGGGCCCAGCCCUUUGGGCAGCUCACCGACGAGCAGGUCAUUGAGAACGCCGGGGAGUUCUUCCGGGACCAGGGCCGGCAGGUGUACCUGUCCCAGCCACCCGCCUGCCCGCAGGCCCUGUACGAGCUAAUGCUGAGGUGCUGGAGCCGGGAGCCCGAGCAGAGGCCGCCCUUUGCCCAGCUACAUAGGUUCCUUGCAGAAGAUGCGCUCAACACAGUGUGAACUCGAGACCCUGCAGCCUUCUCCCACUGGGAGCUAUCCAGGGGAAGCUGGACAUUACAACAAAAGAAGCCUUCAGCACCCCACCCCACCGUCUCCUGACUGGCCAUCUAGAGGCAGCCUGACUGCAGGUGGGCUGGGCCUGCCCAGGGAGCUGUCGCCUCUGUCACUGGAUACACAGUCCUUUCCCAUUCCUCCCAAGCACCACCCACCCAGCUGGCCCUGUGGAUGGGAUCCUUUCUGACUUCUUCCAGCCAUCCCCUGAGGAAGGGCAAACAUAAGGCACACACUGAACACGGCCUACUGGAUCACCUGGGCCCUACUGGACAACACUGGUUCCUGGGGAGGUGGCUGUGCCCCAGCCUCCUUCCUGUCACACACUGGACACCGUCGGCUGAGAAUCUGGGGGUGAGGAGGACUAGGAGAGAAGACAUGUUCCCUGUGCCCACCCCUACAGUGGUCUUCAGCCCUGACUCCCCCUGCUCCAUCCCCUGACACACUGGACCUAGGGGUGGGUGAUUCCUGCCCUGAUCCUCAGCCGAACCCCCUUCCCACCUGCCGUGCUGUAGUUAGAUGGUCUCGAAGCCUGUAUGUUUCUGUGGAGUAAAUACUGGGAUUGGGGGACAGAGGGAGCAAUGCCCCCAGGCUGGGGGUGGGCAUCUCUAUCGUAGCUGCCACAUUGGUUUUUCUAUAAUCACUUGGGGUUUGUACAUUUUUGGGGGGAGAGACACAGAUUUUUACACUAAUAUAUGGACCUAGUUAGAGGCGAUUUUAAUGCUCUGCACUAGGCAGGUAAUAAUAAAGGUUGAGUUUUUCCACAA